AGGCGAUGGCACGCGGCCUGGGUAUCGCUUCCUGGGUCGUACGACCUUGGUUGUGUCUGCUCUGAGUUCUUCCGCGCGCCCUCGCCCGACCCGUGACAGCGAUGCUAGCUCUGCGCUGCGGUCCCCGCCUGCUCGGUCUGCUCUCCAGCCCGCGCUCCGCGCCGCUUCUCCUCUCCACGACCCGUACCUGCAGCGACGGCGGAGCCCGAGGCGCGAACUCUUCCUCCCAAAACCCGCUCGUGUACUUGGACGUGGGCGCCGACGGACAGCCGCUCGGCCGCGUGGUGCUGGAGUUAAAGGCAGAUGUCGUGCCAAAGACAGCAGAGAACUUCAGAGCCCUGUGCACUGGUGAGAAGGGCUUUGGCUACAAAGGCUCCACCUUCCACAGGGUCAUCCCAGCCUUCAUGUGCCAGGCUGGCGACUUCACCAAUCACAACGGCACGGGAGGGAAGUCCAUCUACGGAAGCCGCUUUCCUGAUGAGAACUUCACACUGAAGCACGUGGGACCAGGUGUCCUGUCCAUGGCAAACGCAGGCCCCAACACCAAUGGCUCUCAGUUCUUUAUCUGCACAAUAAAGACAGACUGGCUGGAUGGCAAGCAUGUCGUGUUUGGCCAUGUCAAAGAGGGCAUGGAUGUUGUGAAGAAAAUAGAAUCUUUCGGCUCAAAAAGUGGGAAGACAUCUAAGAAGAUUGUCAUCACAGACUGUGGCCAGUUGAGCUAAGUCACAGCCAAGGUGCUAGGACAGCAGCAGGCAGCCAUGUCUUGGUUCACCCAGGUACUCCAAAGAACUGUUUGUGCCCACUUCUCCUACUGAGUAUGAGGAAGGCCACUUGGGCACAUGGUCCCCCACAGGACCAGGCUGCUCUCAACUGUCCAUCCUUCCUCAGAUCCAUUUCUGGGCAUCAGCAUGGCCACUGGGCCAUGUAUCCUUAGCAAGUGUCUCGGUGAUUGCCAUUCGUGUGUGCCUUGGACAUCGGCAAUGCUGACCAGUUAGUCAGAGAAGGCUCCUGCCUUUUUCCUUGACCAGUGGGGACAGCAGUUGCUAUUUAAUGUUGUCUUCCUCAUUGCAAUAAUUUAACAAGAUCUCAUAGGAACAAAGCUACUACACUAACUGCACUGUCCUGUGUGUGACCUGAGUUGGCACAAGCCACAGACACCCCACCACCACCACCACCACCACCACCACCA